AUGGAAGAGUGGUGCGUAGAUGUUAGAUUGGAGGAAUGCGUGCGGGUAUGCGCUGGUGGAGGAUUUUGUGAAUGCGUGGAUGCGGAAAUGUGGUGUGUGGGUGGGAGAAUACGCGAAUGUAAAGAUGUAAAUGGUGAUACGACAAGGAUAUCUGGAGAUGAUGAGGAGAUGCGAUGUCUAAAUGAGACUUGUAAAUGGGUUGGUAUGUGGUGGGUAUGCGUGUGUAUGAGGAUGCUUGAGGGAAGGGAUGUGGAUAUAUGUGAAUGUAUGAAUGCAGAAAUGUAUGUGACGAUGUGCGAAUGUGGGUUUGUGUUAGUGCAGGGAUGUAUGUGGUGUGUAAAUGAGAACGUGUCAGUGCGGGGUCUGUGGAAACGUGGAUCUAUGGUAGCGAGGAUAUGGAGAUCGGAAAUGCGUGCGUGGAUGUCAGAGCCCGUGGAUGCAGGGAUAAAUUAG